CACGUUUGUACAUUAACAUAAGAAAGGGUGUCGAUGUAACUUUGUAUGGACGAUCAUGGUGCGCCACUAUACAUAUUUGAGUCAGAAAGUCCGCGGUGUCGGACUGCGCGCUUGAAUAUACACGCAGUAUUCUGGUUCUCUUUGAGCUUUUGAGAACUUGUCAAAUAUAAUGGACGAUCCCAACGCAGAUACAGAAUGGAACGACAUUCUUCGUGCUCGUGGAAUUAUCCCACCCAAAGAUGAACAAAGCAAGGAAGCCAUCGAGGACUUGUACGUCGAUGCCUUGAACGCACGCAAGAAAGAAGAAGAAAGUUUAGAAAACAAGACUCUAGAUGAGCUGGAUGAGUUGGAAGAUGAGCUUGACGACGAUCGUAUUAUUCUUGAGUAUAGAAAGCAGCGGCUACAAGAGAUGCAGAAAUUAGCAGAAAAGGACAAAUACGGUGAAGUGACUCAGAUUUCCAAACCAGACUUCGUCAAAGAGGUGACGGAGGCGAGUAAAGAGUGCUAUGUUGUUGUCCAUCUAUUUAAAGAUUAUAUUCCUGCGUGCAAGCUGAUGAACCAGCAUUUGGCUCAGCUUGCCAAAGAGUUCAAGUCUACCAAAUUCGUCAAGAUCAUCGGUGAUCAGUGUAUUCCCAACUACCCAGAUCGGAACGUUCCUACAUUGCUUGUGUAUGGCGAAGGCGAUAUUAAGGCAAAUAUUGUUGGCGCCGUUGCUUUUGGCGGAAUGAACAUGACCGUCUCUAGCAUCCGUGCACAGCUCGCAAAUGUUGGUGCCGUUCCUCCAGAAAAGAAGGAAGAUGAAGGCGACAAAAAGAAAAGAAGCAUUUAUAGUUCGGCAGCAACUGCCGCGUUAAGUAGCGAUGAGGAAGAAAGCGAUAAUGAUGACCGAGGAUAUUACUAGAUUGAUUUAAAAAAAAUCAAAAGCAAGUGGAUUUUGAUCAUGUGUACAGUAUUGUGCGUGUGUACUAGUGGCAUUCAACUAAUGUCGCUUGAUCCCAAAUUUUUUUCUUUGUGUCUUUAUACUCGGAUCAAACAAUUGAGAAGAAAAGAAGAUAAAGGGCAUCGCACGAUGAAUUAUAAGUUACUCAAUGUGACUAAAACAACUCUCAGAUUCUGCCACUUCAGAAGCUGCUAAGUACCACAUAAAUCUUCCACGGCUUUUAAAUAUG